AUGUCAAGUAAAAUAAUUCGUAUAGGUGUUUGUCAAUUGAAUUCAAAUGAUGAUAAACAAGAGAAUUUUAAUAUUGGACAACAAUUGAUUAAUCAAGCAAAAAAAGAACAAGCAAAAAUUGUAUUUUUUCCUGAAGCGUUUGAUUAUAUAUGUGAAUCAAAACCAUUAACACUUGAAAAAGCUGAACCAAUUGAUGGUCCAAUUAUAAAUGGAUAUAGAGAAUUAGCUAAACAAAAUCAAUUAUGGAUUUCGUUAGGUGGUUUUCAUCAACGAUCAGGUGAUGGAACUCGUGUAUUAAACAGUCAUUUAAUAAUAAAUGAUCAAGGUGAUAUUGUUGGUCAUUAUUCAAAAAUACAUUUAUUUGAUGUUCAAGCUGGUUCUUUAAUUAUUCGAGAAUCAGAUUUUACACAACCUGGUUCAUCGAUUUCGAAUCCAAUUGAAACACCAGCUGGAAGAAUUGGACUUGGAAUUUGUUAUGAUCUUCGUUUUGUUGAAUUUGCUCGAUUAUUAACAGCAUCUUCUACAAAUGGUGCACAAAUUCUUACUUAUCCCAGUGCUUUUACAAAACAUACAGGUCAAGCUCAUUGGGAGAUUUUAGUUCGUGCUCGAGCAAUUGAAAAUCAAUGUUUUGUUGUGGCUGCUGCUCAAGUUGGUUGUCAUAAUUCUAAACGUGAAUCUUAUGGACAUUCAUUGGUUGUUGAUCCAUGGGGAGAAGUUUUAUUAGAUAUGAAUUUAGAUUAUCCAUCAAUUCGUACAGUUGAUAUUGAUCUUGAUCGUAUUGAUAAAGUUAGAGAAAAAAUGCCAAUUAUUCAACAUCGUAGACAUGAUUUAUAUACAUUAAUGUCACCAACAGUUAUUAUUGUGGGAAUUGAUGAUAAAAGUGAAGAAAAAAUUCGUUGGGGUCAAAUAGAAAUUACAACAAGUCAAAUAUUUUUUCGUUCAACAUUAACAAUGGGUUUAGUCAAUAAAAAACCGGUUGUAGCUGGACAUGUACUUUUAUCACCAAUUCGUUGUGUUGAACGAUUUUGUCAAUUAAAUCCUGAAGAAAUAAAUGAUUUAUUUCAAUGUACACAAUUAAUUGCAGGAAAAAUCGAAGAAUAUUAUCAAGCUAAAUCCUUAAGUAUUGCUAUACAAGAUGGAGAAUAUGCCGGACAAACUGUUAAACAUGUUCAUGUUCAUAUUCUACCACGAAAACCAGUUGAUUUUGAAGAAAAUGAUACUAUUUAUCAUGAGUUGGCUCAUCAUGAUAAAAGAAAACAAGGAUGGAGACAAGAAAAAGAAAUGGCUGAUGAAGCAAAAAUUCUUCGAAAAUUAUUUUAUCGAGAUACAUAG